AAGUUGGGUUAGAAUCAGCCUGAACUUGUUCAGUGUCACAUUGAGUUACACUAGCUGGAGUGUACGCGUACACUGUGAGGGUGAAUAAUACAUCACAGGAGUCCAUCCACGAACUUAGAAAUAGUAUCUGUAACUUACCUGACAGAUACGCCAGAGGAGGCUCCCCCUUCCCACCCCCCCCCGACCACGCACACCAACUCCAGCGCAGAAGACUGACAAGAAACUACAGCAUCAUGUAUAUGGACGAUACAACCAUGUAUAUGGAUAUACUGCCACUUGAUAUCAACAAUCCACAGAAGAUGGAGCCCAGUAAGCUGCUGCCAACAGAACCAAAUGAUCCUUGGUUGGUGAGUCAAGCCGGGAUCUCUGACAUCCAGUUUCCCACCACUAACACUACGAGCAACACAAGUUUGUUCGGCAGGCUCUCGCCAGGCAUGGAACAGUUGGCCAACUCCCUGCUUUCUAGCGAGAUGUCCCUGCCACAAAUUGACGAUACCUUCGAUAUAGAUUUGGCGCUCGAUUCUUUCUCAUAUGAGAAUGAGGGCAACUUGGGUGCAGCGAUGGAAAGCCUGGAGUUGGAGCCAUCGAAUCAGUACCAGCAGGUGACCACACAACGACGACGUAGCAAGAGACUAGCCAGUAAAUCAGCAUGCCCUACCAGUUACUCAGAACCAUAUGCCUCAGCGGUGCCUUAUUCAUACCCAGAGCAAGAUUUUAGCCCUGUGUUGGACCAGGGCAGUGCAUGGUCCCCUGCAAGUGAUGUUGAUGCCGAUGAUAGUAGUGAUGGUUCCAGAGUACAAAGGAAACGUCGACCUAAAGUCUCCUACAGUACCUUGACGGAGGAACAGAAGUAUAAUCACAUCAGAUCCUUGAACAACGAGGCAUCAAGACAAUACCGGGAGAGAAUUCGCGGACAGCUGAUGAUCUUGCAAGAAAAAGAAGCAGAAGAGAUGAAGAAGAAUAAACUGUUGAGAACGAAAGCAGAAGGCCUAGAGAAGCUGAGGGACGAAAUUAAAAUGUUCACAUACAGUUUUUUCAGAGAACAUAUGGGAAAUACGGGAGCGAAAUGAGCACAUGUUUAGUGGUAUGAAGCGAGUGAACAUGUCUCAACAGGAUGGCCAAGCGCGAACCUCAUGAAUGUGAGGGAACCCGAUCGAGCUAGGUCGUCAUAAUUAUUUAUAUAUAUUUUUUAUUUAUUUUCCUUGUAAUGACUUGCACUUCCUACCAAAUUCUUGUAACCGGUGAUCUUAUAAACGAGUUAGAAUAUGACACAGAGUAGGUGCAGCAAAAGUCAUUCAAGGGUCCAGUUCAGAGACUGAUGAGUGAGUAAGAAAUGUUUGGUGUGCGGUGUUAUUGAAGUUGGAGUCAUUGAAAACUAUUUUUUACUACUUAUUUUUUACACUGGAAUCACAUAUGUAUGUAUGUUGAAUAUAUACUUAUACUCAGUA